AGUAGUUGAAAUUGAAAUGGUAAACACAGCUGUCAGUGUGGGUGAGAUUUUUAUUUUGAUUUGAUAAAAUCGCGUUUUUUUGAGGAAAAUCCCAGGAGAUAAGCAAAGAUUGUAGUAUCAAAAUGUUGAGAGGAUUGUCCAUGAGGAGUUUGUUUAGUCUGAAGGGAUGGAAAAAUGCCCAAAGUGUUUUAAUUCAGAGGAAGUUGUCGGAAGCUGCGAGGGUACCGGAAGUAGAGCCCAAUGCUCAAAAAUUGAUCAAAGUAGCUGUAAUUGGGGUACCGAAUUCUGGCAAGAGUACCUUUAUCAACAAGAUUAUCAAUCACAGAAUUUGUCCAACUUCCAGCAAAGUUCACACCACUAGAACAGCUUCCAGGGCGAUAACUGUCCAGAAGGGGGCUCAGAUGAUCUUCUACGAUACUCCUGGACUGGUGACAAUGCGUGAAAUUAAGAAACACAACCUCGAAACAUCAUUUACUUCAGCCUAUCGUCACUCAAUUCAGCAUUCGAAUAUUAUUGGGGUGAUUCACGAUGUGUCUAAUCACUGGACAAGGGGGGAACUUCAUCCGACGGUUCUGGCUACUCUGGAGGCAUACAAUAAAUUACCGUCAUUUCUAGUGCUCAAUAAGAUUGAUAUGCUGAGAUCCAAGAGACUUCUGCUGGAACUUGUGGAUAAGCUGACGAUGAAUUCGAUUGAGGGGAUUGUCCGGAAGGGAGCCAAGGAACCUGAAGUUGAAAGGGGAAAACCUGUGGGCUGGAGGAAUUUUUCCAGUGUUUUUAUGGUGUCUGCAAUGACGGGAAAUGGGCUUCCGGAAGUGGUGAAUUUUCUUCAAUCCAAAGCUAAGAUUUCCAAUUGGGAAUUCAAUGAAGGAACUCACACUGAUCAAUCAAAUGAGACAAUCAUCCAGGAGACUGUGAGAGCCAGAUUGUUGGAUUUUCUACCACAAGAAAUUCCCUACAGCCUGGAGACUCAACUUGAGUACUUCAGCAAUAUCCGGGGGACUCUGUAUGCUUCCGUUCAGGUCACCUGCCCCAACAGUCGCAUUGAGAAGUUGGUGUGUGGUGAGGCGGAUGGAAAACUGAAGCAGAUUACGGAGAGAGUGAGCUCAGACCUUGUGGAAACAUUUCGCAUGCCCAUCUCAAUCACAAUUAGCACGACGAGCCGGAAAAAAGAAUAAAAUGUGUCGUUGAAUUUA